CGUAGUAUUGCGCGCCCUUGUAUCGGAUAGGGUCACGGCGAGGAAGAAAAUCAAGAUAAACCCACUAAGCUCACAAUAAAGGAGCAUAUUGAUCAGUAAUUAUACUAUCAGGUGUUAGCAAAGACCAGCUAACCAGCAAUUCAACAUCGUCAUCUUCGUCUAUUGGAGCCUCUUUAACCCCAAAUGGCAACUGGAGACUCAGUUUUGGACAGUCUUGAGGAGCUGGAUGAUUUCUCAGACUCUGGCAGCGAUUAUGAGGUCACAAUAAAAGCCUCAAAACGGAAAAAACGGGCAGUGCCUGCACCUCAGCCACCCAAGAGACCCAGGCGUAAAGCUGCAUUGAAGGUGACGUCCAGUAGCAGCCCCAUCCCCACUCCUCCAGACCCCUCCCUGCAGCAGCAGCAGCAGCAGCAGCAGCAGCAGAACUCCCGGGGGACAUCCAGGCAGGUCUCUUCCAGACCUGUGAGAAGAGUAUAUGAGGGAAACCAGGGGAUCAGUGCAGAGGAUAUCUAUGAUGCAGUCCGCUCUGGAAAGAGUGCCAUGGUGGCGGUGGUGGACGAAUGGCUGGACAGCUACAAGCGGAGUCGAGAGGUGGGGCUGCUGGUGCUCAUCAACUUCAUUGUUCAAUCCUGUGGAUGCAAAGGUGUGGUUAGUAGAGAGAUGCUUGACAACAUGCAGAAUGCCGAGAUCAUCAGCACACUGACUAAAGAGUUCAAUGAGGAUUCAGUGAACUACCCUCUGAGCACUCCAGGCCCCCAGCUGAAGCGUUUCAAAGCCAGCCUGUGCGAGUUUGCUCAGGUUCUGGUGCGCUCCUGUCGGAAUAGCCUCAUUUAUGAUGAAUACCUCUUCCCCUCCCUGUUGGCCCUGCUCACCGGCCUGUCUGACUCCCAAGUCCGAGGCUUCAGACAUACCAGCACCUUGCUUGCCAUGAAGCUGAUGACUGGCCUGGUGGAAGUAGCUGUUAUAGUGUCUGUUCAGCUGCAGACCACCCAGCGGCAAUACGACAUGGAGAACAGCAAGAAGGCACAUGACAGAGCCUCUGACAGAAUGGAGGAGCUGCAGGCCACCAUCAGUGAGCUGCAGGAGAAGCGAGAGGAGCUUUCCUCCAUGAUGAACGCUACCUUCCGUGGUGUGUUCGUGCACCGGUACCGGGACCGGCUGCCUGAGAUCCGGGUGGUGUGUAUUGAGGAGUUGGGCAUGUGGCUGAAAACGGACCCUGAAGACUUCCUGAACGAUGGAUAUCUCAAAUACCUGGGGUGGACCCUGCAUGAUAAGCAAAGUCCAGUGCGUCUGCAGUGUGUGCGUGCCCUGCAGGGUCUGUACCAGGAGAAGGAAUUCAUUGGCCGCCUGGAGCUUUUCACCAGCAGAUUUAAAGAGAGGAUGCUCAGCAUGGUGCUGGACAAGGACCCAGACGUGGCAGUGGAAGUGGUCAAUCUGUUGCUGCUGAUCCAACAGAAGACAGAGGAUGGCCUGAGAGAGGAGGAGUGCGCGCACAUCUAUCCCCUAGUUUACGCUUCACACCGAGGCCUGGCGUCUGCAGCCGGCGUCUUCCUCUACGACAAGCUGAAGAUUUUGAUUUCCAGUGACAAUGAGGAGAAUGAAAAAAGUGCCAAUGCAGCCUUCUUUCAAGUCCUCAUUUCUUUCUACAUCCAGAGUGAGUUUCAUGAGCACGGGGCAUACUUGGUGGACAGUCUGUGGGGUGUGGCAGGAUCAGAGCUGAGAGACUGGGAGACUAUGACGGCAUUCUUGCUACAGGAGACUGGUCUGAUGUAUGAGGAAGAGGGGGCUCUCAUAGAGCUGAUGAUGUGUGCCAUCAGACAGGCAGCACAGGCAACCCCACCUGUUGGGAGAAUUCAGGGCAAGAAGAUCCUUAGUAUGAAGGAUAAGAAGAUCCAGGAACAAGACAGGAGACGUAUCACCACACACUUCAUCCCUUUACUGCCACAGCUAUUGGCCAAGUACUCGGCAGAUGCAGGGAAGGUCAGACUCCUUCUCAAAGCUCCCCUCUACUUCAACCUGGAGAUGUACAGUAGCGCCCAGUGGCUGGAGAAGCACCUGGACCUGCUGCUGUCCCAGGUAUGUGGCAUUGUGGAGAAGCACACUGAGGUCACUGUGUUGGAGGCCUGCACCCACGUGGUCUGCACUCUUUGUUCCGACUCUUACACCUUCUCCUCCCGCGCAAACCUGGCAUUCAGCCAGCUGUUGGACGGCCUGGCAGAGUCCUUCAACACGUAUUUAAGCGACCUGCUGCAGGGCACUGCAGAUGACAAUGAUAUGUACAGUGCAGCCACUGCCUUGAAAAGGAUUGCUGCUUUGAGUGGUGCCAAAGACCCGACAGGCUGGAACCUGUUUGACUCCUGUCUUCAACUGCUGAAGAGCAGGAUGGAGUCCAGAGAGCUCGACAAGGAGCUCUUGGUGUCGGCUCUGAGGUGCGCUGCCUUUCACCUGAUGUGGGCCAAAGUGAAUGCAGUCAACUCCAAGCUAGCCGAGGCUGAACUGAAGCGUCUGAAGAGGGAGGUGCGUUCGUUCUGCAGAGUCUGUCAGACAUGUCUGUCUCUGAACCAGACUGAGAUCAGAGAUCAGGCUUUUGAGCUGUUGUGUGACUUGCUGCUGUUGUACAGUGUGAAUUCAGUCCGCUCUGAACCCGCCCUCCAAACACUGACCCACCCUCCCUCUGAUUCCCUGCGCUCUGAGAUGGCUGCUUUCCUCCUGGACUACAUCUUCAUUGAAGAUGCUGAGCUCAAUGUUGAGGAUGAGGAAGAGACAAAGAUAUCUGUUCUCCAGAAGAAGCGGAACCAGCUGGCUGGCUACUGUAAGCUGGUCCUCUAUGGGGUGCUGGACCUCACCGCCGCCACCGAUGUCUUCAAGCACUACAGCAAGUACUUUAGAGACUUUGGUGACAUCAUCAAAGAAACGGUGAGCAAGAGCAAGCUCAUCAAUCCAGUACAGAGCGCCAAGACAGUCUGUCUGAGCCUGCAGCAGAGUGUGUCAUCUGCCCCACAGCUGUUCUCUGAGAUGCUUACGGAGGACCACAGCAGGCAGGAUCUCAGUGAGAUUAGAGACUUAGCCAAGAGGCUUGCCAUGAGCUUUGGUAUUGAUCUUCAUCGUGCCCGCAAGCCACUGGUGGCCCUGCACAUGGACGGUAUACGUUUUGCGUUUCGGGACUCACAGGAGGGAGAGGAGCGGCUCCCGAAUGUGACCUUUCUGGAGAUCCUCAGCGAGUUCAGUUUUAAGCUGCUGCAACAAGAUCGUGCCCAAUUGGCUGCGUUGCUGAAAUCAGAGUGUCCCAGUGCUGCCCUCUCCUGGUUGUCGGUCAGAAUGUAUCAGCGUUCUCUGGAGUCUCGCUCUGCUGCCAGACCCAGGGAGCAGGAGGAGGGAGGUGAUGCUUUCUCCUCACGCGAUACUCCUGUAACUAAACGCAAGAGAACCACAGCUCGGGGUUCAGCGUCCAGCACAGCCAGAGGCUCCUGGCUUGACAGCAGCAGUAUCCACGCCAGCCAUCUCACCCCAGCCCUCACCUCCACUGUCCAGAGACAGCCAGCCAAAUCACCAGCCUCCAGGAAACCCACAGCGACAGAGCCUGAUAUCAGUCGUGGCUCAACUGAGCCGGGGUCUGAGGAUGACUUCUCCCCAGGGCCCCAGAUGCGAAAGGUAAAGCCCGUCAAACGACGCCAGCUGUCCUCCAGCCAGACUGGCCCCGAUUUGGAUCAGCAAGACCUGAACUCACACCUCACUUUGCUGUCUCUGAUUGAGGAUGACAGUGCACCAGGAGAGGAGGCUGAGAUUGAGGAGUAUGAAAGUGACACUGACCGUGAAUCUGCAUAUACACUGCCCUCCACACGUCACACCUCAGUCAGCGUCCUUGACGAGCUCUUUGAUUGAAGUCACAGUGACCUGGAUCAUCCUGGAAACAACUGUUUGUUUUGAUGAAAACAUCUCUUCAGCACUGCUUUAUUUUCAAAGGUUUCAGUACGGUUUAGUGUUCUAAAUAUGAGGGCCACCUGUUCUUCUACAUGACCCCUUACUGAUCAGAUCAGAUUUAAAUCAUUAAUUUUGCUGGAGGGAAAUAAGAGAGGCAAAAUGAUGAUUAUGAUGUCUGGAGACAAAAGAUUAAACAAUUCACUGUUAGGAGUGUUUGUGUUUUGAAUGCUCAGAGAGGCAGUUCUGAUAUUGAAGUUUCGAAUAUUGCAAGUGGUUAAGACGAAAUGUUAUAUUGAAAUAUUUGGUGAAUCUCUGUUGGCAACAAGCAGAAAGUUUUCUCUUCAUUUUUCCACAUUUUGAAUUCAGUUUCAUAAUAUCUCAUACUGCUGUUAAUGUCACCUUUUGUUUCUGAGCUUUGUUAAUUUAAUGUUCAUUAAAAGAUGCUUUACUGAGCACA